AUGACGAAUCUCUCUGGAUCGUCCUCUGUCCCAUCUCUUGGCUCGACCGACCAGACCGUCCCCCGACCCAAACGUGCCUGGCCAUGGCGGAAACACAUCACCUCCCCCCAACUCCUCCUCGCCCACUCCUACACUGGAAAGGGCACCCUCGAAUCGCCCUAUAUCCUCGACUGGCUCCCCGGAGAGGCCUCCCAUGACGCGGAAGGAGUGGAAGGGUUGGAGACUGCGGUGGAUAUUGAGUAUCCCCAGACAUGGAAGGCGGGAUACAAGUGGAUGAUCACGGCGAUAGGCGCGAUAUCGGUGUUGAGCGUGACGAUGACCAGUUCUAUGAUGAGUGCUGCCAUCUAUGAUAUCAGGAGGGACUUUCCAGGCCACACGGCGGAAAGCUACAUUAUGAUCACAUCCAUCUUCAUCCUCGGCUUCGUGGUCGGCCCCCUCCUCUGGGCGCCGUGUUCCGAGGUCUUUGGUCGUCGCCGGAUGUUCAUCUCGACCUUCGUACCCUUCACCAUCUUCAAUGCUGCUUGCUGCGGCGCCAACUCGCUCGAGGCCUUGUUGGUCUUCCGAUUCUUCGCUGGCACAUUUGGAAGUAGUAGUCUGACCUCAGUCGGUGGUAUCAUCACCGAUAUGUUCAACGCCAAAGAGCGAGCGGCAGCUAUGGGCGUGUUCGCCAUCGCGCCUUUCUUAGGCCCAGCCAUCGGACCUGUCGCUGGUGGUUUCCUGUCCGCUGCAUCCACUUGGAGAUGGGUAGCAGCCCUCCUCGCGUUUUUCUCUGCUAUACUCACCGUCAUCGGCGCCCUUUGGCUGCCAGAGACGUACGAGCCAGUUCUCCUUCGCCGUCGCGCUACCGAACUCAGCAAGGUCUCCGGCAAGGUCUACCGGUACAGUCGGGACGUGGAGCGGCCGAUGGUGACCAAGGAGCUCUUCAAGAAGCAAUUGACGGUGCCGUGGAAGCUGCUUUUCACGGAACCAGUUGCCGCUCUGAUGGCGCUCUAUGUCUCUGUCGUCUAUGCCAUUCUCUACAUGCAAUUCACCUCCUUCCCUAUCGUCUUUGUCCAACAACGCGGGUGGACCCCCGCUAUCGCCGGUCUCGCGUUCAUCGGUCUCUCAUUCGGAUCGAUCCUUGGUCUCGUCCUCCUCGGCGUCAUGAACAAGCGGUAUGCGGCCAAGAUGGACGCGAACGGCGGGUACUUGCCCCCAGAGGAGCGGCUGCCCAUGGUCAUUCUGGGUGGCAUCCUCUUACCGCACGUUUUACAAUCUUGUUACAAAAAGGUCGGUCUCUUCUGGUUCGCUUGGACAAGUCCCGCCAAUAUCCACUGGAUCGUACCCAUCCUCGCCACUGUGGUCUUCGGCGCUGCGCUCGUAGGUUUGUUCCUGGGCAUCAUGUCUUACCUCGUCGACGCCUAUACCUUGCACUCGGCAUCAGCAUUGGCGGGCAAUACCGUCGUCCGGUCGAUCUUCGGUGUUGUCUUCCCUCUCUUCACAGUCAGGAUGUACGACGCCCUCGGGGUCCAAUGGGCGGGAAGCGUGAUUGCUUUUAUCGCCCUAGCGUUCAUCCCAGCACCCAUUAUCUUUUACAAAUACGGCGGCAAGAUCCGCCUGAGGUCCAAAUACGCCCGAGAAGCCGACCUCGCCAAUCGCGCCCUUGCUGAAAAGAUGCGCCUCAAGUCGGAGUCCAAGGUCAACUCGCGUAAAGGAUCCGAAACGGAUCUCGUCUCGGCCAUUACUGGGCCGGAGGCGGGUGUGGGCACGGUCGAUGUAGGGGAUAUAGAGAAGGGCCUGAGGGGGCCGAUGGGAACGGAGGGGGUGCCUGUUGUGGGUGGAGGGGUGGAGGAGAGGUUGGGGAUGAUUGAGGGGAUCAAGCGAGAGGAUGACCACCAAGAGGGAUUGCUAGGCUCAGACUCGACUGACAGAAGAUAG